CGUCGAGCGCGAGUCUAGGUUCGGUCGACGUUUUCACGCCUCGCCAUUUUCCAAAUUUAAUGACAGAUCGUCGCGCGGUAUUGUAUUUACGACACAACUGUCAUUAUCGACGUUCAUGCAUAGGGUACUAUCGAUGACGCGUGUGUUCGAUGUGUGUGCGUGAGUUUUCCGGUAAAUGGUACAGCACGUGCGUGAUUUAAAAAUAGAAACAAUUCUUACGACUGCACGAGUCUCCGUUCGAAGAAACGUAAACACCGAGCGCUACGAUGCAUCCCGUUCGAUCGAUGGUUUCCGUCGCGAUGGCCGUGUUGGAUAAGGCAGAUUAAAACUCUCAUGUGCUGUAAACUGGUCGAAAAAAAUCAUCCCGGGUAAUGGGUCCAGCCAGACCCAUCAUUCACGGUCGUAAAUAAAUUCUUGGAAGCAGAGAUCAGCCAUGCCGUUGAAAUCGGAGUUCAACGCGGAAGGGGGCAACGAUGGAGUCCACGAUUGUUCGAAAAUCACGCCCACGCAUUACACGACGUUGUCUAUGUCCCAUCUGAAGAAAAUGGAACCGAUCGACAUCGAAUUCAACGACCUGACGUACACGAUACCUUACGGCAGAAAAGGUUCGAAGGUUAUUAUAAGCGGGGUUUCCGGCCAAUUCAAAGCUGGAGAACUGACCGCUAUUUUGGGCCCGUCCGGCGCUGGAAAAUCCACCUUGUUGAACAUCCUCGCAGGAUACAGAUCGACAGGCGUCUCUGGACACGUGACCGUGAAUGGACAAGCACGAGAGGCGAAACUUUUGAAGAAAUUGUCGUGCUACAUCAUGCAAGAAGACCUUCUUCAACCUAGGCUCACGGUGUUCGAGGCGUUGCAGUUCGCCGCGGACCUAAAACUCGGCAACGUUUCGAAGGAGACGAAAAUCGCUGCUAUAGAAGAAGUCCUCGAAAUCUUGCGACUGAAACGGGCAAAGGACACGGUCACCGAACGGCUGUCGGGUGGCGAGAAGAAGAGGCUGUCGAUCGCCCUGGAGCUGGUGAACAAUCCUGCUGUGAUAUUUCUGGACGAACCGACCACAGGACUGGACGAAAUAUCGGCAGCCCAGUGCAUCGACCUUCUGAAAAGUUUGACGCAGCUGGGGAGGACCGUGAUCUGCUCCCUUCACACGCCCAGCGCGAGCAUUUUCGCGAAAUUCGAUCACACGUAUGUGGUAGCCGGUGGGCAAUGCGUUUACAGGGGCACGGUGAACAAUCUGGUGCCUUUUCUUAGACAAGUUGGCAUCGAGUGCCCGAAACAUUACAAUCCCGCUGAUUUCGUGAUCGAAGUGUCGGCGGGCGAAUACGGUUCCGAAUGGACCAAUCGGAUGAUAAACGCGGUGAACACCGAAUUGCCGAUCGUUCCUAUUUGUCGAUCGAAGAGACACGAGUUUCAGCUGGCGAAAGAGAUGCCUAAGAUCUCCUGGUCGGAUCAAUUUCUCAUUUUAUCGAGAAGGAUGAUGUUGCAGCUGUACAGAAACAAGAAUUAUAUGUAUCUGAAAAUAGGUCUACACGUGUUCCUCGGCUUCAUCAUCGGCGGUUUGUUUUUGAACGUCGGCAACGACGGAUCGAAGACGCUGUUCAAUUUUGGCUUUUGCUUCGCCUGUUUGAUACUUUUCCUCUACGUGCCUAUGCUUCCAGUAUUAUUACAGUUUCCCUCGGAAGUGCAACUGGUUAAACGAGAAUAUUUCAACAUGUGGUACAACUUGAGUCCCUAUUAUUGUGCUUUCACCUUAAUCAACAUACCCGUACAGGUGUUAGUGUCGUCGAUCUACCUGUCGAUGGUCUAUGUAAUCACGGGACAGCCUAUGGAACUCUUUAGAUGUACAAUGUUCUUUAGUGUUUGUUUUAUGUGCAUGUUUAUUGCGGAAAGUAUGGCACUGGCUAUAGCCAGCACCUUGAACAUCGUGAACGGCACGUUUGUGGGGCCCGCAAUCAGUGUUCCAUUGAUGUUGUUAGCGGUACAAGGUUUGGGUGAAACGCAAACUUUGCCCAUUUAUCGUAAACUGAUAAUGUAUUUGAGCUACAUUCGAUACGGUUUGGAAGGGCUCAUAACUGCCUUGUAUGGCUUCAACAGAGAGAACUUAUACUGUCCGCCGUCGGAAAUAUUUUGCGAGUUUAGGGCACCCCGGCAAAUUUUGCUAACAAUGCAAAUGGAGCACGUGGUCUUCUGGGUGGAUUUCGUCGCCUUGAUAAUUAUUCUUAUUCUACUGAAGAUUCUUACUUAUUAUUUAUUGCGACAAAGGCUUAAACCGAACAGAACGUUCCAGGCGCUUCACUUGAUCGGUAGAUUAAUAAAGAGUCACCUUAAUAUUAACACUUAAAACCAAUCUUUGUUAUUUCUGCUUAUCUUUUAUACUUCCCGAAUGUGAUAAAAAGAACCAAAUAAUUGAAUGGAAAUAAAAAGGUUUGAUGGUAACGCGAAGAAGUUACAGUUUCAGCUGUGUUACAUACAGGUCAUUUCACCUUGAUCGGUUACGUUUGCGGUUGGAUGGCAAAAUUUUGGUACGUCACUUUUUCGAAAAUAUUUAAGUACUGUUCGCUCGAAUAGCAUCGGU